AUGAACUCACACAAUGACCCACCUAUAUCCUCCCCCGAAUCCAAAUCUGAAAGCAAAUCCGAACCUCAAGUCGACGAAGCAGAUGCAGACGAUCAAUUGCGCAAAGCUCGACAGCGAUAUGUCAGAUUACCCGAGGGCUACGAUAAUAAAUCAGAGGCUGCCCUCGAGGGCAGGUUACGGGCGGCGACGACAAGAGAUCCAAGCAUUGUCGGUACGACUCAGAUUCUACGAGCUCUGAUUAGGGACCGCGGAGUCGAACCACAUACCCGUCACUACCAAGCUUUGAUAUUCGCCAACUGUGACAAUGAAAUGGGAUCACCGGAGGUGGUACAACAUUUGUUACAAGAAAUGGAGGAGAAUGGCAUUACAGCAGACUCUGGAACGCUUCAUGCUGCUUUGAAGGCUCUUGCCGUGCAUCCGGACUACCUUUUACGCCAGGAUAUUCUUCGUAUGCUUCGAGACCGCUGGCUGACUGUCAGCCCCGAUGGAUGGCAUUUUAUGGUUGCGGGUCUUCUCCGGGAUCAUCAAUUCGAGUUGGCGCUGGAUCAAAUUUCACUAAUGGAGCGGAAAGGGAUGCAAAUAGAGUCCUGGCUGCACAGUAUGGUUGUUUACCAGCUGUGCGACUUUCAAGAGCUCGACGAAGUUUACCGCCUAAUGCAAGCCCGUGUUGAGCAAGGCCAUGAUAUGACGCCGGAGCUUUGGGGCCAUGUGUUAAAAACGGCCAGCAAAGCCCUCCACUACGACCUGACCCGUUUUAUCUGGCGAAGACAGGUUGAUUUGGGUUAUCUAGAACCGUCCCAAGAAACUUAUGGUAAUGCUAUGGCUGUUGCAUCGGACGCCGGUGACAUCGACUUGGCUCUUGCUAUCUUCCGCUCCUGCGAUAAUCGUGGAUUUCCCUUGAAGGCCCAAGAUUAUCACCGCCUUGUGGAGAUUUACUUACGCUCUGGAGAUCUUGCCGCUACAUUCAAGCUGUUCUGUACGAUGCAUGAACUCGGACUUGUCCCUGCGGAGCAUUCCACAGAGGCCAUGGUAUCCUACAUGGUCGAGCAUAAUACUGAUCCCCGUGAAGCGUGGCAGAUGCUCAAACACCUGAAGAACGACAAAUGGGAGGUCCCUAUUGGCUGCGUCCGUAUUAUUGCUGAGCUCUGUGAGCAAUUGGCUCAUGAUGACCCGUCAGUGGUCGAUGACGCAGUGGGCUUCUACAAAGAACUCUAUACUUUGUGUCCCGAGGGCGCCGACCUUCGAGUCUAUAACAGCUUGAUUCGGAUGUGCCGGCAUGGCCAGAACCGGCAGUCGGGUUUGUUCCUUGUGAAAGAGAUGGCGUCCUUCGGCGUUGUCCCCGACGCCAUUACCUUUGAAUCCCUCAUCCUGAUGUGUCUCGACGCUCGCAACUACCAAUCGGCAUACAUGUAUCUUCGAGACCUGCUGGAUCGGGGAGAUGAAGUCAGCGAUGAAACACGGAAGCAGAUCCGCGAGCUUUGUUCCCAAUCCGUGCACGAGUUUGCCGUGCGACUCCAACACCACCCGGCGGUCCAACCCGUGGAGCGGCCUGCCCUGCCGGACCACAUCGUGGAUGAAGAGCCCCGGGAUAAGUCUAGCAAUAAAUCAGAUGAAACAGGACAUCGUCGCUACGGUCGACCUUGGGUCCGGGCCGCGUUUCGGCGGCAAACCCUAUCGGACGAAGACCGCAUCGCCUGGAAUAAGAAGCGGCGACAAAAUAAGCGGCGGCACCAGGCAAUUGCCCGAAAGGCCGAGGCUGAGAAUUGA